AUGGACGCAAUGCACGACGAGAUGGCCCCAGACCAUCUCCUCUCUUCGACCCGCCAGCUUGCUAUAUCACACUCGUCUCCCGCAUUGCCUGUACCCGCUGGCGAUCAUAGCCCGGGUCAUACCCUCCGCUCCUCCCAGAUCGAUUCCACGUAUCCGGCGGUCGCUGAUGCCCAACCAUACCCCCAAGCAGCCGCUGGGGCUCGUGACGGGGAUGACUAUUACCAUCAUCACCAACAGUACUUUCUAGCGGCCUCUUCGUCGUCUUGUCUGGCGUUAUUUGGGCCUCCGUAUCAGCCCACGGGUGCCAUCUCCGAACUUCCAAACGAGAUCAUGUUGCACAUUCUCGGCUAUCUGGAUGUCAAUGACCUGUUGUCAACUUCGAGGACCAAUCAUCACCUGCGUCACCUGUCCCUCUCGCCCAUUCUCCAUCACUAUCGGCUCCGUCACACGCGCGCCAUCCUGCCACCGCUGCUCUCCUCCCCUUCUCGCCCUUCUCUGGCGGAGCUCAUCGCCCGCUCCAUCUUUCUGACUCACACCUCGGUCGUCUCGCGCCGCCUCGCCCGCUCACUGGUCUCCAUCCGACUGUCACGACGCCUGGCCUCGCGGCCCUCAGCUGAAGCCCUCGUCGAGCGGGCUGUGCUGCCUCCGGAAUGUGUUCCCGGCAUGAGCAUGGUGCAAGUUGCGCCCGCUCUUGUUGCGAAGCGCCGCGCCAUCGAGAAGGAGAAGGUCAAGGACGGCUUGAGGAAGUGGGUAGAGGGCGUGUGGAAGGGUGAGGUACGCCAGCGAGAAGAGGGCAUCAAGAAGUGGGAGGAGACCAAGGGUGUGGGGAGGGUAUGGCGUCUCCGACGAUUCUGGGAACGCAUGUCAAGAGGCGAUGGCGUCGGCCUCCGGUAG